CAAGGUUUAUGUUUGUGUGCGUGUUCAACUGUAGAAUUGUUUUAUUUUCAACCGAAUAAUUGUUGACCCGAAAAAAACAUGAGCGAAGCAGUUGCAGAAAGUGCAACGGCUGCGGAAAAUGGCGAGCAAGAAAAUGACUCCAUGGAGAAAUUGCAAAUCGACGAUGAAGACGAAAAAAACGUGUCGGUUGAAGAUAUUUUGGGUGGCAAUACGUUGAUUAUGUCGGACAGCGAAGAUGAGACGCCUGCGACUCUAGCAAACAAAAAUCAGGGGGAGGAUGACGAAGAGAUGGAGAAGGAGGAGGCGGAGAAAAUGCAGGAGCAUAUAAAAUCCAAAUCCAAGAAGAAAAAGAUAUCUGCUAUUAUUGAUUCCGACAGUGAUGAAGAGCAAGCUACAAAGUCUGAACAAGAUCAGGAAAAUACUCGAGUGUCCAAAACAAAAUUAUCGGCAAUUAUUGAUUCCGACAACGAAGAGGACCAGGCUACGAAGUCUGAUCAAGAUCAGGAAACUGCUCGAGUGUCCAAGAAGAAAAUAUCUGCAAUUAUUGAUUCCGACAGCGAAGAGGAGCAGGCUACAAAGGAUGGACAAGAUCAGGAAAGUACUCGAGUGUCUAAAACAAAAUUAUCGGCAAUUAUUGAUUCCGGCAACGAAGAGCAGAAGGAGCAGGCUACAAAGUCUAGACAAAGUACGGAAACUACUCGAGUUUCCAAGAAGAAAAUAUCUGCAAUUAUUGAUUCCGAAAGCGAAGGGGAGCAAGCUACAAAAUCUGUACAACAUGAGGAGAGCACCAGUGUGUCCAAGAAAAAGAUAUCUGCCAUUAUUGACUCUGAUAGCGAAGAGGAGCAAUCAGAAAAGUCAAAAGAAAAGGAGGAAGUUUCUAAGCUCAAAUCGAAGAAAAAGAUUUCAGCGAUUGUCGACACAGACAGUGAGGAAGAGCCACAAGUUAAUUCAGAGGAAGAUGAACUUAGCAGUACAUCAACCAAAAAGCAAAAGUCCAAAAAGAAACAGCGAAUGGACAGUGAUGAAGAGCAAGACACUUCCUCCAGCGAUGAUGGAGAAAAACCAAGUAAACUGAAGGGUUUAGUGGACUCUGAAUCCGAAGAGGAGACAGGCGAGCCAAUGGAACAACAAGCGGAAAAUGAAGCACCCAAAACAAAGUCAAAAUCCAAGCCCAUGCGAGCAUCUGCUAAGAAAGCGCUGGACGAGAUGCAGGCCAUUCAAAGUGAGCAGCAGCGACUGCAUCGCGAAGCUCACAUUAGUGUGCCUUACCAUCAACCCAAGCCACGCACGCUGAAGGAGUUCCUCAGCCGGCGUACCAUCAACAAGCCGCUGGCUGUGGCCAUGGCAGGUGGAAGUCCGAUGCCCUCCAAGCAGAAGGAGCCACGCAGAUCGCUGGCGCUGCGCAUGAACACCGAAGAGCUGCAAGCUUAUGCCAAGCUAAUGGAGGAGCGCGCCAAGGAGGCAACAGAGUUCUUCAAAUCAGAGUCAGAGCCUGAAGACGAUGAGAAAGAUGAAAGUGAACCCAAGGCACUGGAAGAUAAGACAGUUGAGGAAGAGCAAACAACAGCGUUGGAGUCUGAAGUAGAAGCCUCUUCAGCUAUUCCUGAGUCUGAGAUUGAAGCCAUCUCCGUUGAUGUUGAGGCAGAAAAUGCGAUGGAAUCAGAGCCCAUUGUAGAGACCAUUUCCCCCACCAAAGUGCAGCUCGUUACUGAGGUGGUGGAACUGCCCAAACUGGAUCUGAGCACCUUGAACAUAACCCCGCCUUCAAAACCUUCAACGCCUCGCAUAAGUGAAGCAAUUCGAAGGCUGCGCGACGAGAAGAGUAACGAUGUAAGUCCAUCGCUGAAGGGAGAUCCUAAUAUGGUCAUCGAUCUGGAAACUGGCGACAUGUUUGCCAAGAAACCCACCGGAGUAGAUGACUUGUUGCUGCGCCUGAUGAAGACGCGUGAAGCUAAGAAACACAAGACCACAGAGACAGUCAACAUUUUGUCCACAACUCAUGGCAAAUUGGAGUUGUCGAAGGUGAGCAUACAUCUACACGAAGAGGAACCGGUGAACAAGGAGCAAAAACCUGGUGCAGCUUAUCAGAAAAUGCAGGAGCAUCUGAAGUCCUUAAUCAACAAGAAGCGCAUGGAAGAUAUGCGCAAGAAGCAGGCCGAAGAAAUGCAACAAGCAGAGGAAGACGAUGAAAUGGAAGUGGAUGAAGAUGAAGAAUAUGAGCCAGAUGAGAAGCCCGCAAAGAGCCAAGUGGUUAUCAAUGAUGAUGAGGAAAUAAUCGAAGAAGAUGGAGAGGUAAACGUAGAAGAGGAUGAGACUGCUGAUGAUGCAGAGCAGGAAGCAGACGCCGAGCCAGAAACAGAAGCAAAUGAAGAGGAGGCAUCGAGCAGUAGCGAAGACGACGAAGAAAGCGAGACUGAAGAAACCCAAACCCAGGGCAAACGAAAGAAUCGAAUUAUACGUGCAUUCCAGGACGACAAUUCCGAUGAUGAUUUACUGCAGACACCUAAGCUGAAUAAGACAGUUCCCCUCACAGCAACUCAACUGCAAUUGUCCGCUCAAAAACUUUUCGAUACGGAGGUUGAACGCACAGCUAGCGACGAGGAGAACGAGCUGCUUGGCCUGUGCUCGGGCAGAUUUACGCAGUCUGAAAUGUCAUCAACAGCGCCCACAACUUCAUCAGCGCUCAUCAGUCAAAUUCCCAUCACACAAGCACCCGAAAGCAGUCAAGCACCCGAUGAACUAGAGGCUCUCUGCUCUGGCAACUUUGAAACUCAAAAACCUGCUUCGCCUGAACCCACAACCAAUAAGAUUGUGUCCAGCGAAGAGGAAGCUGCUGAGCAGCAAAAAGAGGAAAAACCACGACAGAAAAAGCUGACGAAGAAAAGGCAAAAGAAAAAGGCGUUGGGUUUCUCAGACGACGAAGAGAGUGAGGAGGAAUCCGCUGCAGAAGAGCAGCUGGAAAGCGAAGCAGAAGAAGUUGAAGAAGUGCCUGAAUCAUUUGUGGACUACGACUCCGAAGAAAAUGAAGUUGUAGUGCAAAUGACGAAGAAAGAUCGCAAACUCCGCGCAUCCAACUUUUUGGAAAAGGAAGCCGAGUUGUCGGAAUCUGAAUGGGGAUCAGCCGAUGAGGAUGAGAAGAACUUGGACAACUAUGAUAUUGAGUUGGGCGACGAAGAUGAGUUCGACAAGGAGAAGCUGCGCAGCGAAUUGGGACAAAUUCAUGCUCGCAAAAUGCUGGAUCAGGAUAUAAGAGAGGUGCGCAAGAUUCAAGACAUGCUCUUCGAGGAUGAAGAAGGUGCUGUGCGUCAGCGGCAGUUCCGUUGGAAGAAUGCAGAGAACGGCAUGGCUUUCAGCUUGGAUGAUACACGCAACGCUGAAGGCGAAGCAGAUCCCAACGAGGGCAGCGGCGAUGAGGAGAACGAGCAUCUGUGGCGUAAGAUUCGCUACGAGCGAGAGCAGCUGCUGCUGGAAAAGGGACUCAAAGGGGCUGCAACUAACGUCGCUUCACCGCUAUCACCAGCUGUUGGUAACACCAAUACAGCACGCAAGUUCAACAUAAUCACAGCCAAGAAAACAACGGUUGAGUUGAAGAAGAGUUCACCAUUUUUGAUCUCGAAGAGCGUGAAUCAAAAGCAGCAAGCGGUGCGUGGUUCAUUUCUGGUGCGUGACAAAGAAACACUGACCAAAUUGGCUGGACUAACGAAAGGCGCUGCUGGCGAUGUCGACGGCACAGCGGGAACUGUGUCCGUCAAGUCGACCAAAGCCAAGAACUUUGUUUUCGCAACGCUCACAGAGGAGGAACAUGAGAAUCAAAAACGGAAGGCUGCCGAUUUGUUGAACAGCAGCAGUGAAACGGGUGUCAAUUUCAUGAAGAAGCCAAGGUUGGAGCCACGACGUGAGAAAUGUCUGAUCGAUCAGUUGCUUUAAUUUUGCGCAAUGUAAUUUUAUUUAAUCUUAAUACUAAUUAGCUGUAAUCAAUUGUAAGAUAAAUUGUAAGUUUUAAUUAUACACGAUACAUUUGAAUUUCUUUUUAUAAACAGUAAUAAAUUUUAAGGU